GCGGGAGGGGCGGGCCCGGCGGCGCCGGUCACGUUUCUGCCUGUAUGAAGUGGGUGCCGGGCUGGCGGCGGGGACCUGGGCGGCGGAAUGUAUUGAUGAUGCUUGAAAAGAUUGUGAUUAGUACAUUCAUUAAGGUGUGACUUCACGUCUCUACAAAGUGAACUUGGUUGGGAUCAUCUCAUACAGGUGUGUUCCCUAAGGCACGUUGUUCAUUCGUCUCUAAUACUUGAAGUCUUCUAUACUUAGAAUAAAUACAUCUCCAUAUUGAAGGAGUCGUCACAGUUGAUGUAUUCUAUGUAUACUGAUCAAAUUAGACUUCUGUCUGUGGAAAAGACCUUCUUGAGGUGCUUUACAUGGAUGAAGUCUUUAAGUUCUUUGGGAUUCCGUCAUGCCUAGUCACCUAUGCAUUGUUUCUGAAAAAUAAUAGAAAACCAGAAGAUGAGAUUUCACUGCUUCUAAUUCUACUCAAACUGAUAAAAUGCCUGGUUUGAAUGAAUUAUAUUUAGUUUCAGAUAAAAAUCCUUUUGGCUUGGAAUUAUAGAAAAGCUUAUCAUGAGAAUUGAAGUCGUUUACAAGGACUGUUUUUUUUGUAAUGUCUUCCUAAAUGCAUUAAGUAGAUGAAGCCAAUAUGAUACCAGAUUAAAAUGGUGGCGCUGCUGCUGUGAAUAUCCUCUUCCAACCUCGACUUAUUAAACCUUUUUUACUCUUUAUCUAUGACAAUGCCAUGAUGGAGGCCAUCAAACUAGAGAGGUGCUGUGUCACUUCAUCAACAGUCAGGCAAGACCUUGUGGCUAAUUUCUUGUAGAUCUUGAUUAGUGAAGGUAGAAACUUAACUCUAUUAAGGAAAUAUAGAUUACAGAUAGAUGAGUUAUUGUGGAGGAAUCAGAAUAAGUGUCUUUAAGCCAGGAUUUAACUAGUGCUGAAAGACAUUCCACAUUUUUAGUGUCCAAGCUAAAAAUUAUGAAAUCUGCAAGUAGCUCCAGUUAUGGGAAUUUCUAGCACUUCUCCUGCUCAGAAAUAGAGAAUUUAUAAUAAAUCCAGUUUUAUCAAUUUAUAGUAAAGACAGUAGCAAAAUAUUUGAAAAACAGAUGUACACAGAUUUGUAUAAUAGCCUGAGACUUGUAGAACUCACGUUGGCUUUGCAACGUCAUGCAGAAUGGAAUUUUAUGAAUAAAUUCUUCCUUAAGUCUGGCCAACACAAAUGUACUUUUAACAGUUGGUAGACGUGCAGCGUUUUAAAUUAAGGCAUGUUAACAUGGGCUGUCUUCCAAAAUGGUUACCUUGGGAUUUGAACACUUCCAAAUUUUUGUUCCAAACAUUCCUUCUGCAUAUUCAAAUGAAGCACUUAAAGUGAUGUAAUUGUUUGCCACACAAGUGUUGUUCUUCUGAACUUCAGAUUUAUAUUCUACUUUUUUUUUGUGUUACACGGCAGCAGCAUGUGCCAACAGACUUAGUUUCCUUGAUUUAAUGGAAGAGCUUUCAGAUUUCCUUUUUCAUGCUGAAAUUCCCAGUAGCUUGGGAAGCUGUUUUUAUUAGGAACAAUAAUAAUGUUGAUGGACCUUGUUAGUACAGACUCCUGAAUGUGAGGACACCCCACCCACCCCCUAUUUUUUUUUAAACUGUGGGUGAGUGAGCACUGGAACAGAUUGCUCAGAGGCUUUGGAAUCUCCAUCCUUGGAGAUGCUCAGAAAUCAUCUGGAGGUCAUCCUGGGCAGUCUGCUGUAGGUGACUGCCUGAACAGGGAGCUGAACAAGAUGACCUCAGCCAUUCUGUGAUUCUGUGAAUUGAGAUUUUGUAACUGCCUAGUAAACUCUUUAAUGCUCAUGCCAAGCCUACAGCAAUGUAAAAUAGUUUAGAUCAGGUGUUAAAAUGGUAUUUUACACAAAACUUCUUCAGCAUUUGGAGCUCCUAUUGACUACAUCAGGCGUUUUGCUCUGUUAUGUACUGGAGAGGCUGGCCCUUUGUUUCUGUGUCAGCCCAUGCAGACUGAGUACGUGCUAUGUAUGUACGUAGUAUGAUACCAUACUGACAGUGAAUUGGAAGGGUUAUUUUGCCUACCGUAGAAGGUGAUGUUACUUUAAAACGUUGUAAGAUCUUAUUUUAGAAUUUUAGUGUUCAAAAUGUAUAUGUGUGUCUGAUUUGUCUGCUGGAUGACAGUUUCAUGUUUAACCAACGUUUAUCUGCGUAGGCAUGGCAUAGCUGUGAGCAUCACUCUGGUAUCUAUUUGAAGAGGACACUGUUGGGGGGCCCAGGUAUUUCUUUUAUAUUUUGUAGUUAUAGAGGUGUCCGGACUCUCUAAUGGUCAAAGAUUUCCAGCAGAAGAGGAUGAGACAAGAAUUAAAUGCAUGUGGGAGCCUCUGGACCUAGGCACUUUGCUUUUGGUGCUAGCUGGGACGGAGCUUGAUAAACACUUCUACCACCUUUUAAUAGGAAAAACAGAUCCCUUGUGUAUUACUUUGGCCAAUCAAGGAGGCGAGUAGUAUUUUCUUCUGAAAAACUCAAAAUAAAUGUAAAAUGUCUGGAAAAACAGCAAUUAGGAGGAUUUGUGGGUCUGUGCUUCCAAACAGAAUUUGUGCAGAGAGAAAAUUCUGAGUAUGGCUUGAUUUGCUCUUGAUCUUGGCAGUGUUUCUCAUGAGUGUCCUGUGGACUCCAUCAAGUUCAGGUGGUUCAGUUCAAGCACGGAGGAGCAGAACCCUGAGCAACAACCUGCUAUCAGUGAAAACAUUUCUUGUUGUUCUCUUUAAAAGAGUAACAGAAAAUGAGUGACUAUUCUGGACUUGCAAAUAACCAUAGCCAGAUGAUUGCUGAAGAUUCAGAAAUUCAGACAAAGCCUGAACACUCUCAUGAAGUUCUUCAGGAAGAUAUUGAAAUGAGCAGUGGAUCCAGUGGAAAUGACUUUAGUGGAAAUGAUACGAAUGAAAACUACUCCAGUGGGCAUGAUUCUCAUGGCCAUGAAUCUGAUGAAAAUGGGAAAGAUUCAGCAAUGCUCAUGGAAUCUUCAGACUGCCACAAAAGUUCAAGCUCAAAUGCAUUUAGUUUGAUAAUUGCAAAUUCUGAACACAAUCAGUCUAGCAGUGGAUGCAGUAGUGAGCAGUCCACUAAAGCCAAAACACAAAAGGAAUUGCUGAAAACAUUACAAGAGCUGAAAGCUCACCUUCCUUCUGAAAAGAGAAUUAAAGGCAAAUCUAGUGUCCUAACGACGUUGAAAUAUGCUCUUAAGAGCAUUAAACAAGUUAAAGCCAAUGAAGAAUAUUACCAAUUGUUGAUGAUUAAUGAAUCCCAGCCUGCUGGACUCAAUGUGUCAUCUUACACUGUGGAAGAAGUUGAGACUAUAACCUCAGAAUACAUCAUGAAAAAUGCGGAUAUGUUUGCUGUAGCGGUUUCUUUGAUUACUGGGAAAAUUUUGUACAUCUCUGAUCAAGCUACUUCUAUCCUCCGCUGUAAGAGGGGCUAUUUUAAAAAUGCCAAAUUUGUGGAGUUCUUGGCACCACAGGAUGUCAGUGUGUUCUACACUUCUACUACCCCAUACAGAUUGCCAUCGUGGAAUAUUUGCAAUAGAGCCGAGUCUUCUACCCAGGAUUGCAUGGAAGAGAAGUCUUUUUUCUGUCGCAUCAGUGCGGGAAGAGAGCGUGAAAAUGAGAUCUGCUAUCACCCGUUUCGGAUGACUCCUUACCUUAUCAAAGUGCAAGAUCCAGAAAUAGCGGAGGACCAGCUCUGCUGCGUGUUGCUUGCAGAAAAAGUACAUUCUGGUUAUGAAGCGCCCAGAAUUCCUCCUGACAAAAGAAUUUUUACAACUACGCACACACCGACCUGUUUGUUCCAGGAUGUAGAUGAAAGAGCAGUACCUCUUUUGGGAUACCUACCUCAGGACUUAAUAGGAACGCCAGUCUUGGUGCAUCUUCACCCAAAUGACAGACCCUUAAUGCUAGCAAUUCACAAAAAAAUACUUCAGUACGGAGGACAGCCUUUUGACUAUUCACCAAUCCGGUUUUGCACUAGAAAUGGUGAUUACAUAACCAUGGACAGUAGCUGGUCCAGUUUCAUCAACCCUUGGAGUCGAAAAGUUUCAUUCAUUAUUGGAAGACACAAAGUUAGGACGGGUCCCUUAAAUGAAGACGUCUUUGCUGCUCCCAACUACACGGAGGACAGAAUCCUUCAUCCCAGUGUUCAGGAAAUCACUGAGCAAAUAUAUCGCCUAUUAUUGCAGCCUGUGCACAACAGUGGAUCCAGCGGCUAUGGAAGUCUAGGUAGCAAUGGUUCACAUGAGCACUUGAUGAGCGUGGCAUCCUCCAGUGACAGCGCAGGAAAUAAUAAUGAAGACGCACAUAAGGAUAAGCCAGAGGUUUGUCAAGAUGCCCGUAAAGUAAAAAAUAAAGGACAGCGAAUUUUCACUGACAAUAAAGCAAAACAGGAAUUUAAAAGAGAGCCUUUUGCAGAAAAGCAAAAUGGUCCUGGUGGUCAGGUGAAAGACGUAGUGGGAAAGGAUACUGCAGUAACAGCUGCUCCUAAAAAUGUGGUUACUGAAGAGCUGGCUUGGAAAGAUCAACCUGCAUAUUCCUACCAGCAGAUCAGCUGUUUGGACAGUGUCAUCAGGUAUUUGGAGAGCUGUAAUGUGCCUGGUACAGCAAAAAGAAAAUGUGAACCUUCAUCAAGUGCUGUGUCAAUGAAUUCUGGAGUUCAUGAACAAAAACCAGCUGAUAAUGUUAUACAGCCCUUGGCAGAUCCUGCUGUGUUGAAAGCAUCUGGUAAAUCAAAUGGUCCCCCAGUGGUUGGUGCUCACUUAACAUCUUUGGCUUUACCUGGCAAACCUGAAAGUGUCGUCUCUCUCACAAGUCAGUGCAGCUACAGUAGCACCAUUGUUCAUGUCGGAGACAAAAAAACGCAACCUGAAUUAGAAAUGAUAGAAGAUGGUCCAAGUGGAGCAGAACAUUUAGAUGGCCAACUUCUUGCCCCUCCAUCCAGCUCUACGCAUGCAAAUCAAGAAAAGGAGCCAUUUAAAAAACUGGGACUUACAAAGGAAGUCCUUGCAGUGCAUACACAAAAAGAGGAGCAGAGCUUUCUGAAUAAGUUUAAAGAAAUCAAGAGAUUUAAUAUUUUUCAGUCCCACUGCAAUUACUACUUGCAAGAUAAACCAAAAGGACGACCUGGUGAACGUGGUGGCCGUGGACAAAGAAAUGGCCCUUCUGGAGUGGAUCAGCCUUGGAAGAAAAGUGGAAAGAACAGGAAAUCGAAGCGCAUUAAACCACAGGAGUCUUCAGACAGUACAACUUCUGGAACUAAAUUCCCUCACCGGUUUCCUCUUCAAGGUUUAAAUACUACUGCUUGGUCACCAUCAGACACUUCACAAGCAAGCUACUCGACCGUGUCUUUUCCCACUGUUAUGCCUGCAUAUCCGCUUCCUGUUUUUCCUGCAGCAGGGACUGUGCCACCAGCUCCUGAGACUUCGCUCUCUGGUUUUAAUCAGUUGCCAGACUCUGGAAGUACUUGCCCCAUGCAGCCCCCCCAGUUCCCUGCACCCCUCAUGACACCAGUUGUAGCUCUCGUGCUCCCCAACUAUGUCUGCCCAGAGAUGAACAAUAACUUACCUCAAACGCUUUACCACAGCCAACCCAGCUUCCCUGCCCAUUCCACUUUCUCUUCACAGACAGUGUUUCCGACACAGCCACCGUUCGCCACACCCAACCCUUUCCCACAACAGGCGUUUUUUCCAACGCAGCCAUUCCAUUACAAUCCACCAGCAGAAAGUGAAAAGGUUCCUGUCACAGAGCCACGAAAUGAGCCAUCCCGUUCCUGCACUCCACAGUCAGUGGGUCCUCAGGACCAUGCUUCACCACCUCUGUUCCAGUCAAGGUGCAGUUCUCCUCUGAAUCUUCUACAGCUGGAGGAAACCACAAAAACCGCUGAGAGUGGAGCUCCUGCAGGUUUACAUGGAGCGUUAAGCGAGGAAGGAGCUAUAGGCAAAAUCAUGACGACCAAUAACUGUAGUGGAAAGGGGUCCUUGCCAGCUGAAUCUCCAAUGGAUGCUCAAAAUAGUGAUGCACUGUCCAUGUCUAGUGUCCUGCUUGACAUUUUACUUCAAGAAGAUGCAUGUUCAGGCACUGGUUCAGCUUCUUCAGGGAGCGGCGUGUCUGCAGCAGCCGAGUCUCUGGGGUCUGGAUCCAAUGGCUGUGGCAUGUCGGGAAGCAGAACAGGUAGUAGUGAAACUAGUCAUACCAGCAAAUACUUCGGGAGCAUUGAUUCUUCAGAAAAUCAUCAUAAAACCAAAAUGAAGGCAGAAAUGGAAGAAAGCGAGCACUUCAUUAAAUAUGUCCUUCAGGAUCCUAUAUGGCUUUUGAUGGCAAACACAGAUGACACCGUUAUGAUGACUUAUCAGAUACCUUCAAGAGAUUUGGAAACAGUUUUAAAAGAAGACAAGCAGAAAUUAAAGCAAAUGCAGAAACUACAGCCAAAAUUUACAGAAGAACAGAAAAGAGAGCUUAUUGAAGUUCAUCCAUGGAUCCAGCAAGGUGGAUUGCCAAAAACCGUUGCUAAUUCUGAAUGUAUUUUUUGUGAGGACAAUAUACAGAGCAAUUUUUAUACAUCGUAUGAUGAAGAAAUCCAUGAAAUGGACCUUAAUGAAAUGAUUGAAGACAGUGGGGAAAACAAUUUGGUUUCCCUGAGUCAAGUCAGUGAAGAACAAACGUAGCCUUUGAGGCUGUUUUUCAAAGCUGCUUCAAAACCACAGUGAUGAUCCAUAAAAGUUUUAAUCUUGUAUCCAGCAAGAUCGAUCCAGUUCAUAAAAACAAAUGUUUUUCUUACUCUAGAACUAGAGUCAUUUGUGAAUGAAUCUCUUUUUAAAUGGUGGCAAUCUCUUCCCAGUAAGGACAUUGUUGAAGAUGGUAUACCUUUUCUUUAGAAGAGAAAGACUCAUAUUUUGCACUUACAUGCCUCAAGUAUUUCUUUAUAAACUAUAGAAACUCUCAUUGAUGCCUAUUGUUUUUUGUAGAGUGGGUUAAUGAGUACUGAAAAUCCCCUUACGUACAUACGGUUCUUCAAAACUCCUUUUGGUAAUGAUUCAGCGCUAUCGAUUACUCUAGAAAUUUUGUUUAGUGGCUCUUUAGCAUUGUUCUUAAAACAUGAAGUGGUCCAGCAUAGAAGAAGAAAUAACCUUUGAGCAAAUCAAUUCACACUUGCCCUUCUCAUACCGGUUGAUCCCAUCCUCUUUGUUUCCUAUAGUUUUGAAUGUAGAAACCCUUUUUGUCUAAGAGAAAUGUUGAACUAAUUUUGUAAGAUGGGUUAGGCUUAACUAUUUACAUGAAUGUGUAAGAAAGUGUAGAUGAGCGCUGACAACUUUGUAGCCUUUUAUUUACAUGGACGCUGCAAUAUUAUGAACUGUUUGUUACCUUGAAGCAUCAUGUCUGACAAUUUAUACACAAGAAGUCUUUAUGCUUAAAGAUGUUCAAAGCUAAGACCACAGAGGAUGUCUGCGUGUGCUCCAGUGACUGUUAGACAAAGCUUGGUGGAACUUUACCCUUUAUUUCUGUCAGGAGGUUGGCCGUCUGUUUUUCCUGUGUGGCUAUAAACAAACAUCAGACCUGUACGUGGCAAGAGAGGAUUAGACGUUUCUUGUCAUUUGAAGAUAGUUCUUCUGAUAGAGAAGUGAUUUUGAGAAUAGCGUUGACUUUCGCUAUAUUUGUAUUGCAUAAUACAAAACUUUUUGUGGCUGGAAUCCUUUGGUGUCAAGGAUUUAAUUCUAAUGCCUCUGAGACUGUACUGACUUGAAUGUGUGUACGUUAUGUCCUUGUGCUGUUCACACACAUUGAAUGCGGAAGAGCAACUUUUAUAUUGGUUGGUUAAUGGGUCUUUAGUUGCAGUAUUGCAGGAUGUCAGCUGUAGGUCUUGGGGUGAAAAACAUACAGGGAAAUGAAAUUAACCUUGUCUUAAAAUAUUUUUCAUGGACAGCAUUUCCUUUUUUUAUGAUGAUAACAUUUAUAUUCAUUGAAAUCUAAGGUUAUUUUCAUUCUAUUAAAAUAUUUCUUUUUGCAUACAAAGAGGAUGUGAAGUCAGAUCUGACACCACCAAAAACUUGCAGAAGUGAUUGCUAUUUGCUUAGAGGAAGAAAUAAUUUGUAAUUUGUGUAAAGUAAUUAGGUAUUAAUUGGACAGAGAGGAAAUAUGCACUGGAGACAUGUUCUGCAGAUAGCGAAGUGUGUGAACUUGUACAACAAGUAGACUUGCACCUUAAAAAAUAAGUGUGCUAACGUAGUGUGAAACACUACCCAGCAAGAUCUGAUUCCUUGUCUUUAAGAGUUUAGCGAGGUCAAACUUAAAUAUAUGUAAAUAUAAAAUGAAUGAGAAAUUUUAAAAUGUUGGUGUUCGAGUCCGAUGUAUUAACUGUGUUAAUCAUAAAUGGAACAGUGCAGCUUUACCAACAUAUUAAAUAUAUUCCAUUUUUACAUGUACACACAAAUAGUUUCAAUUGGACCAGGGUUUGGGAAAAAGUAAAAGCUUUAUUUAAAAGGAGUGCAUCAUAAUUAUAUGAAUUAUUUUCAGGGACUUCUCAACCACUUUGAACUUCUUUGCUUUAGCAUGCUUUUUGUUCUGUUGGGGUUUUGGGUUUUUGGUUUGGUUUUUUUUUUUUUCGUUCUCAUUUCUUUUAUUUUUUAAUGACCAUCUUGUAACCAUAACUUAGUGAAAGGAAGAGAAAAGUAUAUUUAGAGCAUUUUGUGGAUGUGCUUACUUCUGGACUUAAUCUUGCAUCCUUAAAGUGUUUGCAUUUACAGGGUGGUAUUAAAAUAUUUUCCUGUAACUUUAAAUCUACAUGCCUCCAUUUAUAGAUAAGAUUCUGAAGCUGUAAUUUUUCCAAACUGUUGUAAGAUGAUUUAUUUGUGAUGACACUUUGUCAACAUGUCAACAAUGUUUUCUGUACACUGUGCAAUAUAUUUUGGUUUUGCCACUUGUGACUAAUUUUUAUGACUUUGCUUUUUAGAAAACUGGUAAAUAAAACAGAUAUAUUUUUAA